AUGGAAAUUAAUCAAACUCGAAUCAUCUUUUUAUUUAUCCUCGUGAUAAAUCUAUUAUCGUGUUCAAAUGCUAAUAAUUCUACCUCGUUUGAAAAUAGCCGGCUUAAAAUUCUGGCAAUCUUUCCUCAUCCGGGCAAGAGUCAUUUUUUCGUAUUCAAACCUUUCAUCGAAGAGUUAGCACGUCGAGGCCACGAAUUGACGGUGAUUUCUUAUUUUCCGAGAAUCGAGAAGGAUGAAUAUAUUCCUACUUAUAAAGAUAUCAGUUUGGCCAAUGAAAAGAGUGACGUGCUUAUAAACGUAGUCGAUUUGAAAAGAUUUGAAGGGAAGUUUUACAUUUAUAAAUAUUUUAGCAAUAUGUACAUGUUGUACAAGAUGAGAUUCGUAACUUGUGAAAAUUUAAAACAUCCAGCUGUAAAGAAACUGAGCGAAAAUGGGGAGAAGUUCGAUUUGGUGCUGAUAGAGAAUUUCAAUACUAAUUGUUUCAUGAGCUUUGUGCACAAAUUCAACGCGCCCUUUAUAGAUAUAUCUACCCAUCAGCCAAUGCCGUGGACUAUACAUAAUUUGAGACUUUACAACGAAGCCAGUUUCAUACCUACGUUGUUGAGCCCGAUUUUAAAACCGAUGAAUCUUUUUUAUAGAACGAUGAACGUGUUGUCGCUAUACGUCUCAUCGGCGCUAUAUUACACGUUUUUCCAUUGGAAGGAUCAAUCUGUAGCGGAAGAAAUUUACGGUCCGGAUAUUCCGAAUGUGAUGACGAUAAGUAAGAACAUUACUAUUUUUUUCAUUAACACGCAUUACACCAUUCACGGUGGCAUCUCGUAUCCGCCAAAUGUCAUCGAAGUGGGUGGAAUUCACAUCGAAUCGAAAAGAAAACCUCUGCCACGGAACAUAGCCAAAUUUCUCGACGAGGCUCACGAGGGUGUUUUGUAUUUCAAUCUCGGCUCGAUGAUCAAAAUGUCUACGAUGCCGAAGGAUAAAUUGAAUAUAUUGAUCAAAGUGUUUCGUUCCAUUCCUAGAAAAGUGAUUUGGAAAUGGGAACAGGAUGACAUUCCGGAAUUACCCGACAACGUCAUGGUCCAGAAAUGGCUGCCUCAAUACGACAUAUUAAAUCAUCCGAACGUUAAGUGUUACUUCGGCCACGGUGGUCUCCUCGGAUUAACGGAAGGAAUUCACAGCGGGGUCCCGAUGAUACUCAUGCCCUUCUACGGUGAUCAAUAUACGAACGCGGCCGCGGCUCAAACUAGAGGCGUCGCUAUUAUCCUGGAAUAUCACGAUUUCAUCGAGGAAAAAAAACUGAGAAACGUCAUCGAUCAAAUAUUCAACGACACGAGGUAUAGGGAGAACGCCAAGAGGCUUUCGAAAGCUUUUAAAGAUCGGCCAGCCAGCCCUCUGGAGACAGCGAUAUGGUGGACGGAAUACGUGGCACGUGGGAACGGUUUGCCAUACGUGAAGAGCGAGGCGAUAACCAUGCCCUGGCACGAACGUUACCUCGUCGAUGUGUACGCCGUUCUUCUACUCUUGUUUUUGCUCGCUCUUUACGUACAAUACAGAGUGGUAAAGUACGCGUUUGCCCGCGUUAUGAGAUCGGAGGACGCGGAUAGUAAAAGGCGAGCGACUCUCUCUAAGAAGAGGGAUUGAAAUCUUUGGAUAAUGAAUAAUGCGAGGAGAUGUCUCGCGAGAUGGAUACGAUGAUGGAUGGUGUUUGUAAAGCGUGAUACGAGAAUACGAGAACGAAACUACGGAACGGAAUAAGAAAAACAAUCGUGCAUCGUGUCUGCAAAUAUUCUUUUCUUUUUUUUUUCUUUUUCUUUAUCUCUCUCUUCUUUCUUUACCCAAAAACUAGUUUCGAAAAAAAAAAACUGAAUUUCAUUCGUUGGACGAACGAACGAACGAACGAAAGCUCUCCUUUGCUCGAGGUGAAUUUCGAUCUCGGUAUUGUUUCGAUAAUAAGGCAAUCAACGGAGCCUUUCUCAACGCUCGACUCCUAGCUCGGUCGAUAAAUUAAAUCAUCAACGUCUGGAGGCGGCGCGUGUUCGUAAUUCCGAUUACAGUGGCCGACAGAGUCGGAAGUCUGGCCAAUUUUCGUGGAUGCUCCUCUUUCCGCUCGCCCCUCCUUCCCCGGCCAACUCUUUACAACGGAACGAGAAAGAGACCGCCUGACUGGAUGGCUAGGGAACGAAAAGGGAAGGCAGGGUUUGCGAAAAAAGGACGAGAGCAACCUUGGAGGAGAAACCGGCGAAAGAGCGAGAUGGAGGACGAAGACGGUGGAGGGGAGAGGGAAGAAGACGCGAAUGGAGGCGGAAGAAGGGAGAGGGGAGCAGCUUUGCGGGCAUUACUCGGUAUUUCCCAGGUGGCCGAGUCACCGACUGCGUCAACUGGCUUCGGUUCCCGCAACAACGGCAAAAGGGAACAACGAGGCUUUACCGCGACAAGGAGGCGGCUGCAUCGGUUGGUUGUAGCUGCGUUCACAGAUAACACGGAAUCGACGGUGUACUGCGGAGCGCUUUGGAACUACGAGAACGGGACAGAAGACGGUUGGAGAAGAAAAAGAAAACGACGACAACGACGACGACAA